UGACGAUUGUGCUAUAAGACAGUCAACCUUCUCUCACAACAGCAUGAAACGAACUCAACCCCACCUCAAUCAUCAAGACCCAUCCAUCCUUGAUUCCUCCCACCUCGGGUUACUCCAAAUAUUCAACAACCUUUCGCUUUUUGAUCUCAUAGGAAUGCCAGCCUCUCGAAAGCACGAGAAGAUCGAUAACAGAGAUUCUAAGCCGUACGACCGAGCUCAGGCUAGACCAAAACCGCGAACCCCACACGUUGAUCCUCACUUCAUACCUCCCAUCCCUGGUCAUCAAUAUGCCAACAACUAUAUGCGCAGUUCUGUCUGUGACCAAUACCUGCGCCAAAUGCUGAACAAUAUUACACCUGAUGUCAUCGAUUAUGACAUUGCAGUCGCCUAUUUCCUUGAAGAAACUGACCAUCUUCCAAUCGGCUGUAUCCCUCAUUCCGUCGACCAGAUACUAUUUGAUUUUGAAACCCUCCCUUCAAUCACUGGCCGACAAAACGAUCUUAGAACCUGUGCCUUAUACAUCAAGUCUACAAUCGAUGUCUACAACUCAAACCCAGGUCCAAUCAAACCAUUCGGGCUUAGGUAUCCAACUCUCAAUUCGUUGAACAAGCUCAUCUCGGAAAGGUCUAAGUGCUUGCGCCCACUGGCAUCCGAAAAAGCUGUGGUCCUGGUAGACUUGGCUGGUCGCAUGCUCGCGAUGAAUUUACCACCGAAAGAGGCCCAAUCUGCACCCAAAAGUCAAAAGAUAGCCUCGAAACCGGGCGAAAAAGGUCAUAUGUCUAGUGAGGAUCGAGCUUUGAUGGCUUUCGAAGGCGCCGCACAAGUCCAUGCUCUACCUCGUAUGAACGGUAUUCCAAACGAUGAGGAUGGCAAAGUCCUGGCCACCGGUCAAUCGAUUCAACCUCGGCUCUCUCGAGCAAAGAACAAACCUGUGGCAUCACCAGGUGCUGUGUAUGGCUCCCUUCCUUACGAGGCCUUUGGUUACCCUUUGGGUUCGAACCUUGCUAGAGCUGACACUAAGAUGCAUAUGGGCUUGGAACGACAAGGAUAUACUUUGGACGAUGUUGGAGAGGGAGAAGGUCCGAAGUCUAAUCACCACCUGCCACAAAUUAUGGGACUUGGUGAUGGAAGUUUAUUUCAACGCAUCGAAAAUGCUCGUCUCCUUCCAGAACUCCUUUGGCCCUACGAAGUGUCAAGGGCUCUCAAUGCUGCUGUAAAUCCGGAGACGUACGCGGCGGCCGAGAGAGUCACUAGCUUCAUUGAGAGUAACUCCAGUGCACUUUUUGCCAAGCGUAUUCAGGGCCUGCACAACAAAAUAAUGCAAGGCCAACAGAUCAACUACAACAUUCAAGUCGGAACCCAUCGCGAUGGCAAGAAUUCCAACCUUCUCGAUUCAGUUUUCUUUUACGGACGUAACUAUACUGGAGGUCGCCUUAACUUUGGCUCACUUGGGGUCAGUCUAUGUGCUGAUCCUGGCUAUUCUAUUCACGCAAGGUUCAAACUUUUGGAUCAUGGUCCAGAAUCUCAGCGGCUCGCAGAAAUCGUUCGCAGUUCAGUGAUCCCUCAAUGUGGCUACCUUUUCCCCCUGGGAACUUUUGUAUCCAAACUUGUCGCAAGAUUUUACGGAAGGAGGAAGAGUCUUGGAAGAAGAAAGCUCGACGUGUUUGAACUGGUACUGGCUUAUUCAUCUGUUAACUUCUCCCUGAUCCCUUCUAUUGUCUUUUCAAUCGUCUUUUUCUAUUCUCGUUUUUAAUUGUAGUUUUCUAUUUUUGAAACACUUCCUUCCUUAAUUUCAUUACUUCGGCUGUUCCUGCUUAAGACCCCUGUGAUGAAAUAUUUGUUAAGAUUUCAUGUAUUUUAUCUCUGUAAGGUCCUGUCUUGAAGUUGUUUGAACUUGUAGUCAAUUACCUAUGUAACUCAAUUGUAACUGUGGAAAUCACAACUAAUGUUUGAUCGCUGUAAAGUCGAUAAAUUAGUAACAGUCUUUUGUAGUCAAUUACAUAUGUAACUCAAUUGUCACUGUGGUAAUCGCAACUAUUGUUUGAUCGCUGU